AUGGUGCUGGCCCCGGCCCAGGCGACUCCUUUGUCUGCUGGAGCUGCUCCUGCUCUUCCUACCCAGACUCAGGAUCUGCAGAGGCUUCCCGACGUGCGGCCAAAGGAAGGGAAAGUCCUGACUAAUCAAGAGACUUCCAUGAAGACCAGCAGCGAUGCGAAAUCAAAAGAUCCCAAGCAGGAGAACAUGGAGCGCAUCGUCGGGGAGAUUGCCUUCCAGCUGGACCGCAGGAUCCUCUCCAGCAUCUUUCCUGACCGCGUCCGCCUCUACGGUUUCACUGUCCGCAACAUCCCCAAGAAAGUCAUGCAGUGUGGAAGUGAUCCCUACUGCCAACUGGACGACAAGCAGGCCUCUACCAUCAUGGAACGCUACAAUGCUGUCAUGAAUCGCCUGAAACCCUUGGGCUAUGACCCAAAUGCCCACCCCAGGCUGACAGAGCAGGUGGUGAACAGUUUUGGCAUUCUCCGGGAGCGGCCAGAGAUGUCGGGUGCUGAAGCAGCCGCCUACAACGACAUACAGAGCCUGCAGAAUGUGAUCAAGGAGACGGCUCCCCCAGAUAUGUGCAACGACUGCAUGCUGCUACUCAACUGCCUUUCUCAGCUGUCGCAGGACGACGGGAAGCCCUUGUUCAUCUGGUGA